AUGAAUAGACCUCCUUGUCAAUGCGGACAUAAAAUCCAAACCUCAACGGCAGCACGCCGACCAGCACAAUUGGACCGAGAGGUGAUAGAGAGGAUCACGUUGAUUGUGACCGUAACGGAUUCACUAAAAAAACCCGUCUUCACAGCCACCGCAACCGUCUCCAUUGAGGUCCAGGACGAGAAUGACAAUAGCCCAGUGUUUGUGAAUCCGCCUGCCAACAUAGGCUUCCCAUUUCAUCAGAACGACUUCCAGUCGCACGCCUUCACGGUGAGAGAAAAUGCACCACGCUAUACACGUCUUAGCGGACGUCUCGAAGCUCGUGAUCCCGAUGCAGAAAUUGUCAAAGAGAAACGUGUUUCCCUGAUUCUACUGACUUAUCUCGAGAAAUCAGUGGCUCAGAACUGUGCGCAACGUCGUCUCAUUUGGCGACGAUAUCUACAGAAGUUAGCGUCCAGGACAGCACGAAGUCUCAAAUGCCAGCGUCAGCUUUCAGUUUUUGGCCCUCAUGUGACGCGUUUCCCUUGGUUUGACUUUAUGGAGGCGCGAAUAUGCAAUCCUUGCAGGCGAUAA